AUCUGCGAUGCUGCGUGGCAAAUUUCUAACUGGCUUUCUGGUGAUAAUGAGGGAGAAUGACUUGUUGCAGGAACUGGAGCUCCAGCUGGAAGAGGCUCUUGAAGGCACCGGUCAAUUCAAGCUGAAGGCUGGCAAGCCAGAGCUGCGAGACUUGGUGGAGAAUUUACAAGAUUCCAGUGGGGCCGUUUUCACUGACCUUGUUGAGGCAGUCCUCUACUUCCUUUAUGCUCUAGAUGAAUUGACAGAGGAGCAGCUGAUACUCCUGGUAGAAUCCGUGGAGAAGAAGAUUGUUAACAGUCAGCUUGCACUGGUCGGAAGCAUCCUAGAUGACUUCAGCAGAAGAGAAAAAGUGUUUACCAUAGAAGCCAAGUUCUUAAGCGAAGAGGAACUGAAUAUAACUGGAGCAAUCAUCGAAAUGAGUGGAGUCACGGUGCAAAAAAAUGGAUCCAGUCUUGCUGGGACUGGAAGUCCUGAUGCUUUCUCAGCUCUCUGUGCACUAUAUGCAGCUCUGUAUGCACUCAGUACCCUGUCUACCUAGGUAUCUAUGUGUUCAGAAGUCAGUCUCACUAAAGUCAAUGGAGCUUACUCUCAGGAAAGUGAGUACAGGGUUGCCGUGUUAGUCUUUUAUCCUCUUUGCAUUCUGACCCUCUAGAAUCCCACAGUAUCCACUUUGUUUACGUCUUUAAGUCUAAUGCUUGUUCAUGGAUAGAGGCCAUUGCUUUAAUUCAGUGCCUCUGCUGACUCCCUACUAUCUAACAUGUAUAACUAUGGAUAAGUUCAGAUUUAAUGAGGAGCCAUGGUUUCCUUCCGUAAGAAUGAGCUGAAGAUUGCCCCUUCCACCUUCAUUUGUGCCUGCAAGAAGACUGAAGAUUUCUGAUAUUCUAACCAUCUUCACUCAGAGCCAUAGAACAGCCUAUUGGAAUGUGAGUAGUAUUUCUACAUGUGCCUUGAUUAUCUUCAAAAAAUACUAGUAUGAGAGUUUUGUGGAGUUUUGUUACUACUAUCCAGAAAGAGAGAAAAUGAACAGAUGACCUAACUCUUGCAGAAGUUGUGUGUAGUGGCUGCUGGAUCCAGAUUUUAAGUCAAAACACAUACUGUAUUAAAGAUCUCUUUUCUUUUAAUGUUGGUGUUUUAUUAAUCAGCAACAGUUAAGUGGGAGAAUCGGGUCUCAUCCAAAGCUAUUUACAAAUCUUACUUGCUACUUUUUCCUCCAUAAGUAAUUGCUACAUUAUAGUCACAAAAGUGAAGGAGCCAUAACAUCGUUUUGUUACAAACUUACAAAAUAAAACAUGGUCUUUUGAUA